AUGGCAGUGUGGAUACCUCUAGUUGCUGUUAGUGCUUUUUGGCUUGUUAUUGGAAUUGCUGGACCAAUUUUUGUUCCAUCUGGACCAAACAAAGGAAUUAUUCAAACAAUGAUCAUUCUUACUGCUGUCUGUUGCUGGUUGUUUUGGAUUAUUGUUUUCCUUCAUCAAUUAAAUCCUCUUAUUGGUCCACAAAUUCCUGUUCGAACAAUAAAAUGGAUUAAUAGUAUGGAAGACGAUGAUUCACUUUCAAGUUGUGGUAUACCAUACCAUUAUCAAUUUCGAAUUAUCUUAAUUGGUGACUCAACUGUUGGUAAAUCAUCUCUACUUAGAUAUUUUUCUGAUGGAAGAUUUGCUGAAAUUAGCGAUCCUACAGUUGGUGUUGAUUUUUAUACACGAGUUGUUACAUUAAAUAAUCAUUUUAAAGUUAAAUUACAAUUAUGGGAUACAGCAGGACAAGAAAAAUUUAAAUCAAUAACAAGGUCAUAUUAUCGUAACUCAGUUGGUAUCAUAAUUGCAUAUGACAUUCAACAACGUGAAUCAUUUGAAAAUGUUGAAAAAUGGUUAGUAGAAGCACAAGAUAAUGUUGGUGGUCCUUUUCCUGACAAUUGCGUUUUCCAAUUAGUUGGUCACAAAGCGGAUCUUCAAUCAGAAAGAAAAGUUAUGUUUGAAGAAGGUAGUUGUUUCGCAAAAUAUCAUAAUAUGAAAUUCAUCGAAACAUCUGCACUAACGGGUCAAAAUGUUGAAGAAUGUUUUUUAAUGAUAUCAAGAGAAAUAUAUAAACGAUUUGAAAAAGGAGAAUUACAAUUGACAGAUGGAUGGGAUGGAAUUAAAUGUGCCCAACACUUUGGUUAUGAUGCAAUAUCUUUAUGUGAGGAUGAUGAAGAAUAUACUAAUAAUUCAUGCGCGUGUUAA